UUCGCUACCAUCCCGUCUCCUCUGUCGGCGGCUAUCGACCACCACCACACGCCCCCUCGCCGCCCGUAUUCCCGUCCCCACCACCGCCACCACCACCACCGCUCCCACACCCACCUCCCACCUAAAAACUGUCGCUACAACAGCACUCACCCCGCCAACAACGCCACCAUGUUCCUGCGAUCCCACCGGCCUCGACAUCGACCGCGACACGCCACUACUCGGCACGAUGCCCCGGUACGGUAGCCACAUCGUUGUCUCCACCGGACGCGACGACUGGACCUCGCGCAUCGAGUUCGACGUGAACGGUGUGGCGGGGGUGCUGAAGGGCCUACUCCGACAAGGCGAUCCGUGGCGGCCAUCAAUGGUUACAAAUUCAAGUGUACCACCGGCGACACCUCCUCCCGCGGAGGGGAAGCCUGUAGCAGAAGGAGGCGUGGGAGAAGGGAGCAUCCACAUCUUUCCCGCGGGCUACUACAUCCCGCGGCUCCCGCUCCCGCCCGGGCCCGCCGCCCUCGGCCUCCUCACCUCACCCGGCACCUCCACGGGCACAUCCGACAUCCCCAUCCACCGCGUCCUGACACCCACAAUCCUGAUCUGCUCGCACCACACGCGCGACGCGCGCUGCGGCGCGUACUUCCCGCCGCUUGCUGCGGAGUUCCGGCGCGUGCUGCGGGAACGCGGGGUAGAAGCGAGUGUUGCGGGGAGCUCCCAUCUCGGCGGGCAUAAGUGGGCCGGAAAUGUUGUCGUCUACCUCCCGGGCGGUGAGGGCGAGGAUGGCUGGGGCGUCUGGUAUGGGCGUGUUGGUGUGCGCGAGGUGCAGGCUAUCGUCGACGAGACCGUGGUGGGGAGAAGAGUCGUGGAGGGAAUUUGUAGGGGUGUCGUGGGGAGGGCGAUUGAGAGCGCGGAGACUGUCGGUACAGCGGAGAAGUGAUGCGGGAAUGGACAAGAAUACCAAAGAAAUAGAAGUAGAGGCUUUAUAAUGCUGCAUUGUCUCUGUCUAUCGA